ACACACACGCACGCACGCACGCACACACACACACACACACACACACACACACACACACACACACACGCCCUGCAAUAGUUUUCUCAGGCUGAGAGAAAAGAGGCGAGCAGCAAAGAGAGCAGAUCACUGACCUCUUCCUCCCAUCCUGCUGAUCCCACUGUUGUCCCAGGUGGUGACAGUCAGUAAAAACAGAGACAGGCCAGAGAGCGAGGCAGAGGCGUUCAUCAAACCCUGCAGAGCGAACUCGGAUCUUAGUGGAAGCACCCAGUCCUUGGCUUCCAGGACUGGCCUCAGGAUGUCCCGGAGGAGGUCUACAGGCGAUCUGGUGCCCAAGGACAUCACUGAGAUCCUAGCCAGGGAGGUGAGGGCUCAGCGUGGGCAGAGGAAGCCAGGAAGCUCCCUGGGACAGGCUCUCAGCUGGUUGAGGGGGAGUCGGAGGAAGAAGAACUUUGGUUCUGGGCUCAACCGUAACGCUACCGGCUUGGCUGAGAACAAACUGGGACUUCAGAACCACGAUGCUGCAAAAGCUGGCUCAAAGGGAGGUGAAGACCAGAAGAGGCUGACGGUUCACUACACGACCUCUCAGCACCACCAGGAGAAUGUUUUCAUUGAGGGCAGCCGGUCUCAGUACCUGGAGGACCUGCAUACAGAGGCUCAGGAGGGACUCAAGAUAUUGCAACAGGAAGAACACAAGAAUGGAGUGAACUUUGAUGACGAUGAAAGCAUAGCUUCCACAGACACUCUGCGUCCGGAGAAGGAUAUCAGCUCCAAGGACAGAGUCAGCUCUCCGGAGUCGAGAUCCUCCACGGGGAGUACUGAUAUCCCAGUAAACCCUGCUGAGUCAACUCGGCCUGUGCUUACCCACCAAGGAUCCACAUUCAAGCCUCUGAACCCAGUAAAAAAAACUGAUCGAAGCAAAAAGAGAAACAGGAGGACCACCAUCAUGGGCAUCCCCAACCAAGUCCAGAAAGAGCUCGCUCUAAACAGAAGCUCCACCUUUCAGCCGCUUGUCUCGGCUAAGCUCCCAAAUCACGAGAAGCACGACGGCGACAGCCAAUCAAGCGUUAUUGUUAUUCCGACAGUUGAUGGAGGGACUCCUGUAGCAGACAAGGAGGGAGCGAGGGUGCACCUUUCAGAACUGGAGCAGGUCUUUAGUGAUGAAGCUGCUGUGAGCAAACACCUCCAAGAAGUCUACCAAAAUGAGCAAUCCCAUCUCUGUCCCACUUCUGCCCUGAGACCCAAGUCCCUCGCAGUGCCUGGCACGACCUCUUCUUGUUCAUUCACUCCCUCAAUGUUCAACUUCCUGCAGGAGCCUCAGGGACCAGUGAUGUCCAUCUCUCCUCAGGCCACUUACUUGUCUACAAUCAUUCCUAACGCGGUCUUGCCAGCCUCCGUCGAAAUAAUAGAGAUUGACCGCAGCAUCAGUCGAACUCGAGGCGGCAGUGUCAAUCAUGGAAGCGGCAUUCGCACGGUCAGCAAAAGCAGCCUUGCAUCCGGGGACUCGGCAGUCAGUCCUUUGUUGUCCAGAAGAUCAGACGGAGACGGUUCCCAAACAAAUAGCUCCAACUAUGAUGUCACGCUGUUACCCAAAUCAGCCUCAGGGUCAAACUGGAGCGAGUCCCAGUCCUCAAAGACAGUUAUUUCUGACUCCUUGCACACAUUCACAAGCAAAGUUGGUCUUGAUGUGCAAGAGAGCCAAACAGAGCUUUCUAAGGACCAAGACCUUGCUAAUAUUUGUGAUUCUUCAAGUGUGGUUAGCAGUAAAGGUGAAAAUCCGCCAAAAUCGAGGGAUGAGAGCACGACUGAGCCAAUGACUGCUGGGGAACAAGCAAAAAACAAACACAACGUCUCUCACAGUCUGUCCAUUACAAAGACCAAGCAACCUCCCGCACCUCCACGCAGAAUAAACUCGCUGCACGGUAAAAAGAUAAGAGGGGACUCUAAGAUUGUAAUGGACAUCAAAGAUAUCAGCAACUCUGCCUCGGAAGAAGAGAAAACCUUGGAAGAUGUUGCAGCCCAAGGUGGCAUGAAGUUGGUUACAAAUACCAGCACAAAGCCAACUCCCAUCUCAGACUCUACUGACUCUUCCUCUGGAAUUUUACUGGCCUCUUCUAACAAGGACGAAGAAGCAACAAAACCCCCUCUAGAGUCCAGUUCCUCCUCCUUACAGAAAAAUCCAUCGGAAGGAGAAAAAUUUGAACGGACAAUGUCCCCUUCCAGUGGCUACUCUAGUCAAAGUGGCACUCCUACUCUUUCCCCAAAAGGGAUCUCCCCGACCUCUCCAGACAAGGAGAAGAAGAGUCCCAUCAAACCAGACAGAUCGGCCUCCCGGGCUUCGUCCUCAGGAGCUUCUCAUUCUUCCUCUCUCACCUCUUUGUCGUCGGGCACGUCCGAGCUCACGAACGCAGAUGUUUCCACAUGUAGCACGACAGUGUCUCCGCAUGACUCAUCACCAGCUGCUGCUCCUGGAGAGCUCAAUCCAAAUAAUCAUUCCUCAAACUUCAAAGCUGAAGUUAGAGAUCUGCUGAACAUCCCUCCACCCCCUAAGAUCAAAGCUCCGUGCCCUCCACCUCCAGAGACAUGGGCUCACAACAAACGCACUGUAGAGCUCCUGUGUGGACCUAGCACGAGCAAAACGGUCCACAAACCAGCAGAGAUUUGGAAAAGCACAGAAAAACAAACAGAAUCCCAAACUAAACCCACAAAAGCGACACAACUUAUAGCUGAGAAGCAGACAACUGCAGAUAAACCAGUCUCAGAAGUGCAGACGAAUACAGCAAAGUCUGUGAUGGUAGAUCGUCACAGUGAUGACCGUGCUGAGACGGAGCAGGAUGUCAGGGACCGUUCAAGCACAGAACAAGUCCAGGCAAACGAAAAGGUCAACGUUCAGAGCAGAGAAGAAAGUAUCUCUGUUGUGAGAACCCAGGAGGUUCAAGAGACGACUCCAAAGAAAGAUCCUCCACCCAUAAUGAAAAAACCAAUGAGAGUACUGUUCAACACAGAUCAACCAGCAGAGACAAAACUAAAUGAAAUAAAAAGUGCUGCAACACAAGUUCAGACGUCUGUCGAAACAAAUUCAACACAAGCACAAAAUGAUGUUAGAAUUACGGUUGAUAAAAGCCAGGCAGAAAGAGGGGACAACAUGCAGACCCUUUCAAUAGAGGUCCCCAAAAUGAGUAAGAUCUCACCUCCACCUACACCUCCUCCAGCAUACCAGCCUACCCCCCCUCUCAAGAAGAAAAUACCUUCCUCGUCAUUGUCCGUACCGGUGAACGGGUCUCUGCGGGAACAGGAGGAGUCCCAUGUUGAGGACUCCUGCUGGCCGCCUCCUCCUCCUCCGUUGGAAGGCGAUUCUGCCUUUGAUGGAAGCGAUGAGGUCGAGUUUCCUUUACCUCCUCCACCCUCAGUGGACAUGUCAGACCCGACCCCAGCUGAGACUGACAGCAAACCGGCGCUUUCAGAAGCAGACGUUGCUGAUGAAACGUCUUGCCAUGUGGUGCAGAAUAAUUCAAACGUUGCCGACGAUGUUUCACCUCCACCAGUGGAGCUGUCACUUGCAUCACCCAUUGCCCAAGCAGAACAGCCACUAGUUGUAGUUCCUCUCAGUGGUUUUCUGAAGAGGAACUCUCUAAAAGUUGAAGAUCCUCCCCCCUGUGCUCUCCCAGUCGGUGUUCAACAUUCAGCUCCAGCUACUGAGUCGACAGUAUCUCCUCCACCAUCAGAAAAUUUAACCCAUGGGCUUAACUUCAGAAGGCAAUCCAGCGGAUCCUAUCGAGACUCCAGGAGUAAGGAGCUGCUCUCCCGCCACAAAACUUCACCCAUUCCUAAAGAGGAUGCCAACAUACCGCUCGUCACUCCCUCGCUGCUCCAGAUGGUUCGCCUUCGAUCCGUCAGCAUGACUGAAGAUCAGAUGAAACCCACGUUAGAAGACAAGUCCAGUAACGAGGGAGCCCCAGUUCAGGAUAACUGUCCCGUCUCAAUCCAAGGACCCCAAAACAUUCCCCAAAAACCCAUCCGCAAGUCUUUGUCAUUAAAAUCUUCCCCUCAAACUGUAAAAACACCCACCGUGACCGUAAGCUCACCUUCAACGUGCCUGCAGGAGGCCAUACGUCUGAAAACUGCAGCCAUGUCUUCAAGAGAUGUUCUUCCCUCCAGACUGGGCAUGAAGUCUCCCAGUUCCAGCCGUGUUAGUCAACCAGGAGCUCCGCCUCUGAAGUCGCCUGAAGGAUGCGACGUGUACAAGUCUCCAGCCUCCACUGCGAGCUUCAUCUUCUCCAGGAGCACAAAGAAGGUCGUCAUAGAGACCGCGGACACCUUUUCUGCAGAGACUCAGGCUAGUCUGAAGCAAACCCUGGCGACCGAGCUCAGACAGGUCUCUGAGCAAUCAAAGGCUGGCGCCGUCUCAAACGGCAGGAUGAAAGGUGACAAAGUUCCUCCGCCAGUAGCUAAGAAACCAGCUCCAGGCAGCUUGAGUCCCUCCCAUAAUCCUCACAGUCCUUCAGCAAAGCUGGAGCUCAGUGUUGAAGGAAACGGAGCUCUUGGAGUUCAACAAAUAAGUGGCGUGACUCCACCUGAGACAACUACAAGAGUGACAGCGGACACGAUUGAAACGCUGUUUUAGGAGACAGAUCUGCGGCCAGACUCGCAACGGAAAACUUCAAUCAAGUGAAACUCACAAAGAUUCACCCACUUUAGAGACUUUGAUUGCAGAUGUCCGAGAGUUGGGUUUCUUCUAAAGCCUUAGCCUGUAAUGGCCUUCCUAUAUUUAUGCAAAAAAAGUGUCCCUCCCACUUUCCUACGAAAGCUUUACUCUGGAGUAUUUUUGUUAUAAAGUAUCCUUUAUUUCCUUUAAAGUUCCUCUCAGGGUAAAGAGGUUGGAUGAACGUUUAUUUUGGGUGGCGUGUGAUCGCCACUCAGAGGUUGGUUUAAGUAGUGCUACCUUCAACCAUUCAAGCAUUUUAUGGAGAGAGGAUUACUUUAACACCUCUGGUGUUAUAGAAUAUUCUCACGAGGGUUGCAGGUGCUGCUGUAAGGACCAAUAACAGCAUCCAUCACAAUAUAUCACCAGAAAUUUGUGAGAUUUAUUUAGCUUUCAUCCUGCUUUUCACUGUGUGUAAAAGUGUUUGAGCAAAAGGGACGUUACAUUCAUAUAAGAUGUUUUGUCAAUUAGGACAAAGAGAUUUUUGGAAAGCUUUUAAUUAGAGCAUCUGCUAAAAUGUCCGAUGAAUAUUUGCUCUGCUUUGGAUGCUGGGAAGCAGAAAUAUACAAAAAGCUCAACUUUGACCCAUGAAUCCUAUUUAUUUAUGAGAUUGUUUAGUAGCACUGACAGUCACCUUUUUCGAUCAAAUAUUCAAUAUUUAAGACUCUGUUUCAAAUAAAAGCAUCUUUAGAGCGAAGAAUGUGGCGACUGGCCCUGAGUGAUGGUUACACUGGAGCUGGCUUGAUUAAAUAUUCUGUCUCUAAAAGCUGAGUUUUCACAGCAGAGCUAAUCACAACUUGCACAAAACCCUUUCCCCCACUGAGUGGAAUCAAACUCUACAGAUUCUGUAAAAGAUUUUUUUAAAUCUAUGUUUUGGUGAUUAUAAAGAACUAUGUACAGUUAAUACUUCUAUAAAUAAAUUCUUAUAAUCAAACUGUUCUUGUAUUAAUGAUUUAAUAAAUAUGACAUGGUG